GUGCACCUUGGACUUUGAUUAAACUGAUCUAAACGCUCUAAACUCCACAAACAGGCUAGCAAAUUUGCACGACGAAAGUUGUCUCCAUAUAUCGUCGGUGCGCGUGUUAUGUAAAGCAUCUCGACCAUGUUUUCAUCGUCGAGUCGCCAAAUCGCCACCCAGCUAUCUGCGGCGUCUAAAAGACUGCAGAGUACGCUGAUCAUUGCCGAGCACAACAAUGAAGCUCUCUUGCCAAUCACCCAGAAUGCUAUUACAGCUGCGAAGAAACUAGGUGGAGAAGUCAGUGUGCUAGUUGCUGGAACAAAAUGUGGACCUGCUGCUGAUGCUGUAGCCAAGGCAAAUGGAUUGGCUAGAGUGCUGGUGGCUGAGUCUGAUGCUUUCAAAGGCUUCACAGCUGAGAGCAUGACUCCUCUAGUUCUUGAAGCACAGAAGAAGUAUAAUUUUACGCAUAUCGUUGCCGGUGCUUCGGCGAUGGGCAAAGCAUUGCUGCCGCGUGUCGCUGCUAAACUUGAUGUUUCGCCGGUUUCUGAUGUGAUUGGGAUUAAGAGUGCUGAUACUUUUAUUAGGAGUGUUUAUGCAGGUAAUGCAAUUCAAACACUUACCGCCACCGAUAAAAUCAAAGUCAUCACCGUGCGCGGAACCAGCUUUGAAGCCGACAAACUUGAAGGCGGCUCCACCGCCACCGAAAAAAUCGAUGGCAACUACUCCACCGACCUAACCACCUUCGUCAGCCAAGAAUUAAGCAAGUCCGAUCGUCCCGAAUUAACCAGCGCCAAAGUAGUCAUCUCCGGCGGACGUGGAAUGAAGUCCGGCGAUAACUUCAAACUGUUGUACGAUCUUGCUGACAAGAUGGGCGCCGCUGUCGGUGCAUCUCGUGCUGCCGUCGAUGCUGGUUUCGUUGCCAAUGACUUGCAGGUUGGUCAGACUGGCAAGAUUGUCGCACCGGAUCUAUAUAUUGCUGUGGGUAUCUCCGGCGCUAUUCAACAUCUUGCCGGUAUGAAGGACAGUAAGACCAUUGUCGCAAUCAACAAGGAUCCCGAAGCUCCGAUCUUCCAGGUGUCUGAUUUUGGGCUGGUCGCUGAUCUGUUCAAAGCCGUUCCGGAACUUACCGGGAAGUUGUAAUCAUUUUUUACUAACGGUUGCGAUUUUUAAUUUUAGAGAAGGAAUUUACACUUUGUUACAUGAUAUAAUAUGAAUUGUCAAGUAUAAUAAAGAUGGCGUCAUUUUUGACUCUGCUGUCAAAAAGUAAACAA